AAUGGCCGACCGCUGCCACUUUUCUUUCUAUAAAUUCUACCUUCUCUUCGCAUGGCGUCAUCCUUGUCUUUCGUGCAUUAUUUCGCCUCAGAUUAAGUGUGUUUCGGCCCAAAGAAAAGCUAUUUCCUACAUUUUAUUGUGAUAUUUUCUCAGCUCUCCUUCUCUUUCGAGAUUUGUCACUCGCAUCGAGCAACACAAAAAAGCGCUCACGUUUCUCAUUUUAGACAGCAAAUAUUAAUUUUAUUGGGCCCGAGUGGACACGCGUCUUCCCACUUUGCCAGGGCGAUUUUGUCCAAUUAGAAAAUUCUCUGGCCCGCGCGACUGCACCCGAACAUGGUGAUUUGAGGCGAAGUUCCCGUAUGCACGGGCUCCUGGUAACCUCCACUUCCUCGGGUUAUGGAGGAUUUGACCAAAACCAUCAUGUUUACGACCAACACAAUUCAGAAUACAACCCCCACCACCAUCCAAUACCAGGCUGCUGAUCCCAAUCUCAAGCAGCCGAAGAUUGAGGGACAGAAAACGACGCAGCAACAAGAAUUCCCAACAUUCUGUUACACCAAUGUAAAUAUGAUCCAAAAAUUAACACCUACAUCUCAGGCGCACGCUAGUACGGUGAAUCUGGCUCAACUGUCCGAGGACAACAAAGCAUGCUACAUUGCGCAACCCUUUGGCUACAAUUAUGCUCUUGUCAAUCAAUUUGCCCAAAAUGGUAUCACGGGCAUUACUGUUGAUGGUCGUCAGUUGGUCGUCAAUAAACCCAUCACGAAUACGGUAUCAAACAUCAGCUUUAAAUGCGAUGUAUGUGGAGUGAUGUUUGCUCAUCUGACGCAUCUCAAUCAGCACAAGAGGAUCCACAAUCAAGACGGUUCGGACAACACCAAUGAUGCGAUAACGGUGGUUGCUCAAGCCCAAAAUUUGGUGCAGGCGCAGAAUUUGGUGACUGAGAGUGGACAAACACUCGGACAAAUACAAAUUGUUGCCACUGAGGCCCUUGAGCCUGCCACAUCCCAAGCCAUACAGCACGUGAAUGUGUCGUCAGCUGGUGAAGUGACCAUUGCUAAGCCAAUCAAUGUGGAAAAGGGACAGAAAUGCAUCACAUGCGGCGGAACAAUUAUCCAGAAUCCAAAGAGGAAGGGACCCAAGCUCAUUCGCUGCGAGAAUUGCAUAAACAACGAUAAUCCCACACACAUUGUACCACGACCAACCCAAAUCUUCGUGGCGCCCGAUGGGGAUGUAAAGUUUGAAAUGACGGACAUUUCGACAUCACAGCAGGAAUCGAUGGAAUCUCUCGGUGGCCAAACAGUUAUCCCCGUUGCGACGACAUCCACGGUGCAGAGUCAGCAGCACAUUCAGCAGCAAUCGCAACAGCAGCAGCAACAUCAGCACCAGCAUCAGCAUCAGCACCAACAGGCGCAGCAACCAAAACACGCAGUUGGGCAUCAUCCAGUUAAGAAGCGCAACACCGCUGCAGUAACAAAGUGCCACAAGUGCAAUGGAUCUGGAUUAAUUUACAUUGGUGGACAAAAGAGGCAGCAGCAGCAAGAAAAUGAAAAACCCUUCCAUUGUAACAUCUGCGGCGGAACAUUUUCGCGAUAUUCCAGUUUAUGGUCACACCGGAAGUUACACAGUGGCGAAAAGAACUACAAAUGCACUGUGUGUGGAUUAGCUUUUGCCAAGGCUGUCUACUUAAAGAAUCACUCCAGGAUACAUACGGGUGAAAAGCCAUAUCGAUGUAAUACGUGUGGAAUGCAAUUCUCUCAGUCGCCCCACCUGAAGAAUCACGAACGCACCCAUAGCGGUGAAAAGCCAUAUGUUUGCGAGGUGUGUGAUAAAGGAUUUGCACGACAUGCCACAUUGUGGAAUCACCGAAGGAUCCAUACGGGUGAGAAGCCCUACAAAUGCGAAAUUUGCGGAUCAGCCUUCAGCCAGGCAGCUCAUUUGAAAAAUCAUGCCAAGGUUCAUUCUGGUGAAAAACCAUUCAAAUGCGACAUCUGUUCUGCCGCUUUUGCUGAUAGAUUUGCCCUAAAGAGACACCGUAACAUUCAUGAGAAAUAUGGACAAACCGCACCGAGACAACCAUCAAAUUCCGGGCAAAAUUCACAGCAGCAGAAUACUCCGAAUCUGCAGGUGAUUCAGAAGGAGGAACUCCCAGAAAUGGAUGAUGACGAUGGAAAGAUUCACAAUGAAGUAAUAAUUUCUGGUUUAUAAGCUACACAGCAGCAACAACAACAUCAUGAAAUCCACGUGAGGAAUCGUGGGCAACAAUACCAAUUAAUUUUUAUGGAGGAUAUUCCGUUGUUGGACAAAAGUUGAUGAAGAGAUGUGAAGAAGUGACGAUUAGAUAAGUUUGAAAAGAAAACAUGAAGAAAAAAGGAUGAUUAUGAAUACAACAUACCUACACAUUUAUUGGUAUGAUGAAGGAUGAAAAAAAAGUAAAAGAAAAAAAAAGAUAAAUUUAACUAAAUGUAAGAAAUUUUAGGCACUAGAAAGUUGGAUUAAAUCUAUUUCUGUAUAUAGAUAUUUCCCUAUGAGUUGUUCAAUUUAUUUUUCUCUCCAAAAAAUUAAGAUAAAAAAUGUUUCAUGCUAAAGCAAAAUCAUCUCCGAGAAACAUAUUUUAUUUUGAUGAAUGGUACCACUAACUUUAUUAGAUUACAAUUUUACUUUUAAUGAAAAAAUAUAUAAAUUACGAUAGCGAUAAAAGGAAAUAUAUUAAAGAUGAAUUAGUAAGACACUAAAAUAAUAAAUAUACAUACAUUUAAAUGUAAUGCAAGAAAAAAAAUGUAGAACAAGUCAAUAUUCACAAAUUUUUAAUCCCCAAAACUAAUUUACAAAACACAAACUUCUUAUUAAAUAUUUAUUUAUUUUAUUCCUAUUUUUCAUCCGUGUUGUUCACUUUCAAGCCUUUCAAGGAUAAUUUUGAGAAUUCUUUUUUUUUUAAGUAAAGUGAACUACAACAAAUGGAAGAUGAUUUUUUGGCUGAAUUUUUGGAAUAAUGUUGAUUUAUUAAUGUAAAAUGAUAAACAAGAAUCCUAUAUUGUUGUUACACGAUUUAGGUAGAAAAGUAAAAAAGAAAUAAAUUCCUUUUUCUUUCUUUUAUUUUCUUCAGUCAGGAACCAUUUUAUCGUAAAUUUAGAAUGAGAAAUACAUACACUUACAUUAUUCUGUACUAAUUAUUAUAAUUAAAAUAAAGUAAAUAUGAAAUAAA